ACUGCAGGGGCUUGCUGGGCAGGCUGAAAGAUGGCGGCAGCGUCGGUCCCUGCGACUUCGGGUUCUCAGUUCACGAACAUCUCAUCUGAACCAUCAAGACCAAAUGGAAAUAUGGUUCAUCAUUCUUCGUCUCCAUAUGUAGUCUAUCCACCUGAUAAGCCUUUCCUUAAUAGUGAUAUGCGACGUUCACCAAAUAAGCCUACUUUUGCCUAUCCAGAAAGCAACAGCAGAGCCAUAUUUUCUGCUCUGAAGAAUCUUCAAGAGAAGAUUAGACGUUUGGAACUUGAAAGGAUUCAGGCAGAAGAAAGUGUGAGAACCCUGUCUAGAGAAACAAAUGAAUAUAAAAAAGUACUGGAUGAACAGAUACAGGAAAGGGAAAAUUCAAAGAAUGAGGAAUCGAAACACAAUCAAGAACUGACAUCGCAGUUGUUAGCUGCAGAAAACAAAUGUAAUCUUUUAGAGAAGCAGUUGGAGUACAUGAGAAAUAUGAUAAAGCAUGCAGAAAUGGAGAGGACAUCUGUCUUAGAGAAGCAGGUUUCCUUAGAAAGAGAACGACAGCAGGAUCAAACGCAUGUUCAAACCAAACUUGAAAAAUUGGAUCUUCUGGAACAGGAGUAUAAUAAACUUACCACAAUGCAAGCCAUUGCAGAAAAAAAAAUGGAAGAGUUAGAAGCAAAGCUCCAUGAAGAAGAGGAGGAAAGGAAACGUAUGCAAGCCAAGGCAGCUCAGUUGCAAACUGGUUUAGAAACAAAUAGACUUAUCUUUGAAGAUAAGUCAUCUUCAUAUGUUGCCAGCACAAGAAGAAUUAAAAAAAAGAAGUCAAAACCACCAGAAAAGAGGGGUUCUAGGAACUAUUUUCCUGCAAAACCACAUUAUAGAUUAUGCUUGGGUGACAUGCCAUUUGUAGCCGGAACGUCCACCAGCCCUAGCCAUGCUGUGGUAGCCAAUGUCCAGCAUGUCUUGCAUCUACUGAAGCAACACAGUAAAGCUUUGUGUAAUGAUCGAGUGCUCAACGAUGUUCCUCUGGAAAAGCAAGUCUCUUCAAGAUGUAGUAAAAGUAAGAAGUUGCCAGUAGCACAGUCCUCCUCCAGCAGCAUCAAUGAAGAGUUGUCUGAAGUCUUACAGACUUUACAGGAUGAAUUUGGGCAAAUGAGCUUUGAUCACCAGCAGCUAACAAAACUUAUCCAGGAGUCACCAACCGCUGAGCUCAAAGAAGACUUAGAGUGUGAACUGGAGACGUUAGUUGGAAGGAUGGAAGCAAAAGCCAAUCAGAUAACUAAAGUUCGAAAAUAUCAAGCCCAGCUGGAGAAACAGAAGAUAGAGAAGCAGAGGAAAGAAAUAAGAACUACCAAAAAACCUCUUGCUGAAGACAGAACUAAUAGCAGUCGCUCUUCAGGGACUGCAAAUAAGAAGGACUUUACCAAACCGAGACCUGGAGAGAAAAGCAGAAAAAAUCUCCAGUUAUUGAAGGACAUGCAGACCAUACAGAGUUCGUUACAAAGCAGUAGUUUGUCAUGGGAUUACUGACUGGUACCGGGUCAUAAAAUUUAUUCAGCUGAUCUAUACUUCAUCAAUCAGAUGUUGCCAUUUUACAUUCCAGGUUUUCUACUCUUCUGUCAGAAUUCAUUGGUAGCUGGUGUUAUGGGCCACAAGCUUUGUUACACACACUUGUGCUAUAUAUGGCACAGCUGAAUGUUAAACUAUUUAAAUGAAACCACAGGAUUAAGGCCAAUAAGCCACAGGUUUUUGCUGCUUUGUUUGAGAUGGGUUUGUUGUAUUGAUGAAUUGCACUUUGUAAACAGAUUACCAGGUUUUU